CCGCACUCCUCCCCCGCCGCGCGGGGCCACCCGGCCCCCUCCCUCGGGCCGCCCCCGAGCACCAAGUUGGCGGGAGCCUAUAAAAGCCGGGGCCGGCGCGACCGCGGACACACGGUGCAGGCGCCCGACAGCCGCCGCUAGACCGGCGCCAACUCCUGCCCUGCCCGGACCAGCGCGCAACCAUGCCCCAUCACUGGGGAUACGGCCCGCACAACGGACCCGCGCACUGGCAUAAGGACUUCCCCGUUGCCAAUGGGGAGCGCCAGUCCCCUAUUGACAUCGACACCAAAGCGGCCGUUUACGACGCUGCCCUGAAGCCUCUGCAUCCUCACUACGAGCAAGCGAUUUCCCGGAGAAUUGUCAACAACGGUCACUCUUUCAAUGUGGAGUUUGACGACUCUCAGGACAAAGCAGUGCUGGAAGGAGGGCCCCUCACUGGCACUUACAGAUUGACCCAGUUUCACUUCCACUGGGGUUCAUCUGAUGCUCAAGGAUCUGAGCACACUGUGGAUAAAAAGAAAUAUGCUGCAGAGCUUCACUUCGUUCAUUGGAACACCAAAUACGGGGAUUUUGGAAAAGCUGUGAAACAUCCUGACGGACUGGCUGUCGUGGGUGUUUUUUUGGAGAUUGGUGCUGCUAACCCAGGCCUGCAGAAAGUCGUUGAUGCGCUGGCUUACAUUAAAACAAAGGGCAAGAGCGUGGACUUUCCUAACUUUAAUCCCCGUGGCCUCCUUCCCCAAAGCCUGGACUACUGGACCUACCCAGGCUCACUGACCACCCCUCCUCUUCUGGAAUGCGUGACCUGGGUUGUGCUCAAGGAACCCAUCAACGUUAGCAGUGAGCAGAUGUCGAAAUUCCGUACUCUCAACUUCAAUGUGGAGGGCGAACCUGAAGAACGGAUGGUGGAUAACUGGCGCCCCACUCAGCCGCUGAAAGACAGACAAGUCAAAGCUUCCUUCAAAUAAGAGGGUCCCACAGCCGGGGUCCAAAGAGUGAAUGUUUGGGUUUUCCUUUAGCUAAGCACAAAUCUACCUUGGUGAAUUUGGACCCUGGCUGCUUUGUAUCUGGUUUUCAAGACCCUUCAUCUCUCACCUGACGUGCUUACUGAUAAAAUGUGAAGCGCCAGACCAAUUGUCAUGCUUGACAGAAUUGCAGUGACUGGUGCUUUUCUCCCCAUAGAAGGCUUUCUGUAACAGAGAAUAUUCUAUAAG